AUACUGUCUAUACUUUUUCCAGAAUACAUCAAGAAACAUUGGAUGACCGACACGUUCUCUGGCUACCAGUUUCUGAAUGGCUUGAAUCCCAUGAUGAUCAAGCGUUGCUCAAAGUUGCCCAAGAACUUUCUAGACAUGGUCAAGUCCUCUUUACCAAAAGAGAGCUCUUUGGAAAAAGAAAUGGAGAAGGGAAAUAUCUUCCUGUGUGACUAUGCAAGACUAGAUGGAAUUGUGAUAGAUGGGAAGCAGCAGUAUGUGGCCGCCCCUCUUUGCUUACUUUUCAGCAAUCCUCAGGGCAAACUGCUGCCCAUCGCCAUCCAGCUGAAGCAGAAGCCUGAGGCAGAGAACCCCAUUUUCCUCCCUACUGAUUCCAAGCAUGACUGGCUUUUGGCGAAGCUCUUCGUGAGAAAUGCAGAAUUCAACGAACACAAGCUGAACUUCCAUCUGCUACGCACUCACCUGUUGGCUGAGGUCUUUACCAUGGCAACCCUGCGUGCCCUGCCCUCGGUUCAUCCCCUCUUUAAGCUUCUGUUUCCUCAUAUUCGCUACACUCUCCAAAUCAAUGUCAUGGCAAGGAAACAGUUGAUAUCAGCUGAUGGACUUUUCGCUGAGCACUCUGCUAUAGGUCUAAAAGGACUGAUUACAUUCUUGAGAAGAGCGACUGCUGGUCUGACUUAUAGCUCUCUGUGUUUGCCAGACGACAUUAAGGAGAGAGGCCUGGAGAACAUUCCCCAGUACUACUACAGAGAUGACGGCCUCAAGCUAUGGAACAUCGUUCACAAGUUUGUGCACAGAGUGUUGGCACAUUACUACACUGAGUGUGACGUCCAGGAGGACUCUGAGCUUCAGACAUGGCUGACGGAGAUCGUAGAACACGGUUUUCUGAAAAAUGACAACGGUGGAAUCCCCAAGUCUUUCCACACAGUGGCUGAACUCGUCAAGUUUGUCACCAUGUUGAUCUUCACAGUGUCGGCCCAACAUGCUGCAGUCAACAAUGGCCAGUAUCCUCUUGGAUAUUACCCGGAGGAGCUCUUCACUGAGGCCCUGCCCCUUCAGAAAAUGGAACAGUUCAGGAAAGAUCUGAAAGCUCUCGAGGCUACGUGUGAGGAGUCUGUGCAGAUAUUGCUGUCAGAGCCUCAAGCCGGUCCGGCCUCUCCUCCGCCAACCCUUCACUAUCAUCUGUAA